AUGGCGCACAUCUUCUGAGUGCCAAGAUAUGGACGAGUACGAGGCAAAGACACGCAGCAAAGUGUCCAAAGAGACCAAACUCAGACUUCGUGUUAUCUUCUUGGACGACAGUGAACGGACCUUUGAGGUGGAGCACAAGGUUCUGGGCUGUGACUUCUUCAACAAAGUGUGUGGUCACUUGAAGCUGCUGGAGAAGGAAUACUUUGGCCUGGAGUUCAGACACCACAGUGGCAACUAUGUGUGGCUGGAGCUGCUCAAGCCGCUAGCAAAGCAGAUUACAUACACCAGCGAUCUGUUCUUCAGGUUUAUCGUCAAGUUUUUCCCUCCGGAUCCUGGCCAACUGAAGCGAAGCCUCACUCGCUAUCUUUUUGCCUUACAGGUCAAACGGGACUUGUCCACCGGAAGUCUGACUUGUAACGACAACAGCGCCGCCCUGCUGGUCUCCCACAUACUGCAGUCGGAGCUUGGAGACUACGAUGACGAGCUGGACCAUCAGCAGCUGGCGAUUAAGCACUACGUUCCCAACCAGGAGUACCUGGACCACAAGAUCAUCAAACUCCACAAGAAGCACAGAGGUGUGUCCCCGGCGGAGUCAGACACGCACCUGCUGGAGGUGGCCAGGAGGCUGGACAUGUACGCCAUUAGGCCACACGCCGCCAGCGACGGCGAGGGCAUGCGCAUCAACCUGGCGGUGACGCAUUGCGGCGUGCUGGUCUUUCAGGGGAACACCAAAAUCAACACAUUUAGCUGGGCCAAGAUUCGUAAAGUGAGCUUUAAACGGAAACACUUCCUCAUCAAGCUGCACGACAAAGUUGGGUUGUCCCGUAAGGACACGCUGGAGUUCUGCAUGGCGAGCAGAGACGUGUGCAAAGCCUUCUGGAAGUUGUGCGUGGAGUACCACGCCUUCUUCCGACUGCCGGAGGAGCCGCAGCCGCUGCAAAGGAAGACGUUGCUGUCGUGCAAAGGCUCCGGCUUCCGAUACAGUGGGCGGACGCAGAAGCAGCUGCUGGAGUGUUUGGGAUCUGGCGAGAAGAAACCUUUGCACGUUGCCAGGACUUCUUGUUCAUCAGACUAUGAAUCCAGACAGUGCAGAUCUUCUCCCGACAUCCUCACAGACGUCUCCUUACAACUGUAUGACGACCAGAUGUUCCCACGCUCCACCUGUGCCUUGGAGGAUGCGGAGCUCCGAGGAGGUGGGACUAAGCGCAGCCAAUCGACCGUGGAGGUCACCCCGAGGUGUCGCGGCCUGGCCCGAGUCACGCCCCUCUCGCCUCACAUCCGCUCGGCGUCGACGUCCGCGAUGGAGGACCCCCGGAGGGCGUGGCUGGGGGCGCAACGGCAAGCUCAGAGACUCGCCGGCAUAUAUGGCAACCGUUCAAGGCGCCGGCCCAACCCCCAGCCGCACCCGGAUGCGGCGCAGCAGCUGGUUCUCCUGUACCCCAACAGCCCCGCCUAUCAGUACCACCCUGUGCUCCCCACGUUCCCAUACCUGUCCGACUGCGUCUCCGCCUCCUCGCUGGAACGUUUGCCGCAGCAGAGGAGGCAGGACGGGCUGUGGCGGCCAUCUUUCCACCCUCUAAACAAAGAGCCAGGCUCCUACUCAAUGCUCGGGAGGAACCUGCGGGCCUCAAGUUCAGGUGGGAUGGGAUUGGGCAACAACGGGACGAGGGUAUUGGGCAUGUGCUGCACGGAGGCGGGGCAUUACAGCGAUGACUGCAACUUCCUCCCGGGGCUUCCUCGCCGCGUUGCCAGCCAACCAGAUGUCAAGUUUCCCCUCUCCAGGACUUCUAACCCCGCCUCUGAAUUCCGCCCGCUGGGCUACUACCCCCACUUGACACGGCCCACCAGGCCCACCUACCUGCCCCUAAGCUCCUCCCCUCUGCCUCAACGCCCCGCCUCCCUGUGCAUGAUGGCCGCUUCUGCCUCAGGAAGCUACAGCGACUCUGACCCGGAGGUUUUCUACCCAUAUUACUGUCCGCCGCCGCCACUAGGCAGGCUGGUGCGGCCCGGCGGACUGGCCCGCAUGAGGUUCUCCUCUGGGAGCCUCCAGCUGGAUGAGGAGGAAGAGGAUGAGGAAAGACACAAGGAUGAAAACAAGGAGACAAAAGGUGCUGCAAAAGUCACCAAAGUGACACUGUAGUAAAAACAAUUACAUUUGUCUUUUGUCAACGUCCAUAAA